UGAGGCGUGCCGCGAGCGGACGGCAGCCCUCCUGGGGCGCGGCGGCCGGAGAGUGAGUACCUCGGGCCGGUCGGGCUUGCGGGUGCGCGAGACCGGGAGCCUCGAAGAUGGAUACUACAAUGGUGAAUUUGUGGACUCUGUUUGAGCAGCUUGUGCGCCGGUUGGAGAUUAUCAAUGAAGGAAAUGAAAGCAUUGAAUUCAUCCAGGUUGUGAAGGACUUCGAAGAUUUCCGGAAGAAAUGUCAAAGAACCAACCAGGAGCUGGAGAAAUUCAAAGAUCUGUUAUUGAAAGCAGAGACCGGGCGGAGCACUCUGGACGUUAAGCUGAAGCAUGCGCGUAAUCAAGUAGAUGUAGAGAUCAAACGGAGACAGCGAGCUGAGGCUGAGUGUGCAAAGCUGGAACAACAGAUUCAGCUGAUUCGAGAUAUACUCAUGUGUGACACAUCUGGCAGCAUUCAGCUAAGUGAGGAACAAAAAUCAGCUCUAGCUUUCCUCAACCGAGGCCAAGCACCCAGUGGCAACUCUGCGAACAAUAGACUAUCAACCAUUGAUGAAUCUGGUUCCAUUUUAUCAGAUAUCAGCUUUGACAAGACUGAUGAAUCACUGGACUGGGAUUCUUCUUUGGUGAAGAAUUUCAAAAUGAAGAGACGAGAAAAGAGGCGCUCCAACAGUCGGCAGUUCAUUGAUGGCCCUCCUGGGCCUGUAAAGAAAACCUGUUCCAUUGGCUCUACAGUAGACCAGGCAAAUGAAUCAAUAGUUGCAAAAACUACAGUGACUGUUCCAGGUGAUGGUGGACCCAUAGAAGCUGUGUCUACGAUUGAGACAUUGCCAUCUUGGACCAGGAGUCGGGGGAAAUCAGGUCCUUUGCAACCUGUGAACAGUGACUCUGCUCUGAACAGCAGGCCCCUGGAGCCAAGAACCGAGACAGACAAUUCAGGCACACCUCAGAAUACUGGAGGCACACGCCUACAUGACUUUGUCUCAAAGACGGUUAUUAAGCCCGAAUCUUGUGUUCCGUGUGGAAAGAGGAUCAAAUUUGGCAAGCUGUCUCUGAAGUGUCGAGACUGUCGUUUGGUCUCUCACCCAGAAUGUCGGGACCGAUGUCCCCUUCCCUGCAUUUCUCCCCUGGUGGGAACUCCGGUUAAGAUUGGAGAGGGAAUGUUGGCAGAUUUUGUGUCCCAGACUUCUCCAAUGAUCCCUGCGAUUAUUGUCAGCUGUGUGAAUGAGAUUGAGCAGCGAGGCCUGACUGAGGCAGGCUUAUACAGGAUCUCGGGUUGUGACCGGACAGUAAAAGAGCUGAAAGAGAAAUUCCUCAAAGUGAAAACUGUACCCCUGCUCAGCAAAGUGGAUGAUAUCCAUGCCAUCUGUAGCCUCCUGAAAGACUUCCUCCGAAACCUCAAAGAGCCCCUUCUGACCUCUUGGCUAAGCAGAGCCUUUAUGGAGGCAGCAGAGAUAACAGAUGAAGACAACAGCACAGCCGCCAUGUACCAGGCUGUCAGUGAGCUGCCUCAGGCCAACAGGGACACAUUAGCCUUCCUCAUGAUCCACCUGCAGAGAGUGGCUCAGAGUCCAGAUACUAAGAUGGAUAUUGCCAAUUUAGCUAAAGUCUUUGGCCCUACAAUAGUUGCCCAUACUGUGCCUAAUCCAGACCCAGUGACAAUGUUCCAGGACAUCAAACGUCAGCUCAAGGUGGUGGAGCGCCUGCUUUCUCUGCCCCUGGAGUACUGGAAUCAGUUCAUGAUGGUGGAACAAGAGAACGUUGACAUCCAGCGUGGCAAUGGAAACUCAACACCACGGACACCAGACAUUAAAGUGAGCUUACUGGGGCCUGUGACCACUCCUGAAUUUCAACUUGUCAAGACUCCUUUAUCAAGUUCGCUGUCACAGAGAUUGUACAACCUCUCCAAGAGCACUCCCAGAUUUGGGAACAAAAGCAAGUCUGCCACCAACUUAGGUCAACAAGGCAAAUUUUUCCCUGCUCCGUACCUCAAGUAAAGCCAUUUCUGCCUGGUGUCCCAGCAUUUACUGACCACAGGACACACGUGUUUAUUCCGCAGCCUCCUUUUUAUUAGUAUUUUAGCCUUUUUUAGGCUUUAAAUAAAGUUUAAUGUGCAUGAGUUUCUUAUUAUAUAGCUCCUGUUCCUCUGGUGACUCAGCAGCACCUGUACUAGUUGUUGGGAGCUUUCAAAUAGGAGAUCUUUACUGGGCUGUAAGGGUAAUAGGUAUUGCUUUUGACUCUGGCGGGGGUGGGGAGUAACCCUGUGGCUUAAAGCCAAAAUACUGCUCAUAAAAUGACUUUCCUUUAGUGUCACUUAGACAAUGACAGAAAUCCUACCUCGUGGGUAAAACUGAGUUGUCUCAGGACAAGUUGCAGAACAGGACAAAGAGCUGGACCGAAGCUGCAGGAAGGCCCCCUCUCAGAGCCCAGUCCCUGUGCUCCUUUAGGAACUGAGCAGUGGCAUGGAGCCCUCAAUGGGGUUGAUAGGCACUGACUUGAGUAUGCUCACUCCGUUUGGGUUCUUAUGUCUGCGUCGUAGACAGUGCGCAGUGUAAUCUGCAGUCCUGCAUCUGUAGUCUCUAGUCAGCUUCUCACUGGACUUUUGGAGUUGCUUGGGGUCAGAGCCAGAUUGAUCUAAAGCUAAAUGCAUUCUGGUGACUGACCCUCUCGUUUUGUUUUAAAAGUCGGUGUGUAGUAAGCUAACAAUUCAGAAGACUGUCAACAUUUUCAUAUGACAAAAAAGCUAGUUGCUUCUGUCUUUGCACUUUGGGUGGUGCGCUUCUCCCGGGAAGCAGACACAUGUAUGUGAAUGUUGGCUUUUUGAUUAGCAUUUUUCCAGUGUGUAAAUGGCUUCCUUCUCUAGGAUGUUUUCUGACUCAAAACUAACUCUUAUCUGUAAGACAUAUAUUUGGAAUAUGAUGUGAAAAAAAUAAAUAGUUUUGCGAAAU